AUGGCGCCUUCUUCUCUUUCCUCAAUUCUCACUUACUCUCAAGUGUUGGUUCUGACAAGUCUCCACCAAUUCAUCUCCAAAGCUUCGACUAAUCUUAAAGCUCUGAUUUUUAGAGAAUUUGGAAAGCGAAGAGAGUUACUAAGAUCAUGGAGGAACACCAUUGCUGCAAUUUACUCGAAGAUGGUCUCCAAAUUCAGCAUUGCUACGGAUAACACGAGUCUCCAGAAAGCUCGUAGCUUUGAAGAUUCUAUAGCUGACAAGGAGGCCUCCUUACAACGGUAUAGUACAAGUCGAGAAGUUGGUCAGUCUUAUGUGACUUCUGUCUGGACUACUACUGUUCACGCUCUGUGGCUAAUGAUCCGGAUCAGACCACAAGUGCUUUGCAAUGGUCUGUGUGGUCGCUUUCUUUUUCGAGCCAGGAUAGGAACCACGGGCAAUCCCAAAACGCUUAUUGCAUUUGAAAGCGGAACAGAAAGCUCGAAGAUCAGUCCUGUGCCACCGAUGUUGAAGACCUGCCAGGUAAUAGCUGUCCACACUAGCGAGUUUGUAUUUGAUCCUGUAAAAUGGCCGAGGAGUCAGAUGGCUCAAGAUUUUCAGACUUUUGCACAAAAGUUCAGUGCUCUGAGCUCCGCUGUACGAGUGCCCUCUUUAGACCCCAAAUACAAGAUUGCUCUUCUACUAUCCAAACAGGAUCAUUGUCUGGUUGAAAUGUUGCAUAAAUGGCAGGACGGAGAACUUCCCGUCGAUAUAACAUGUGUGAUAAGUAAUCAUGAAAGAGCUCCAAACACCCAUAUCAUGCGGUUUCUCCAGAGGCAUGGCAUCUCAUAUCAUUAUUUGCCAACAACCGAUCAGAACAAAAUAGAAGAGGAGAUUCUGGAAUUGGUUAACGAUACCGAUUUUCUAGUUCUUGCUAGAUACAUGCAGCUACUAUCCGGUAAUUUCUUGAAAGGUUAUGGAAAAGAUGUAAUCAACACCCAUCAUGGCCUCUUGCCAUCAUUCAAGGGGCGACAUCAAGCGAAACAGGCAUUUGAUGCAGGUGUGAAACUAAUUGGUGCAACAACUCACUUUGUUNCNGAGGAACUUGACUCGGGCCCUAUCAUUGAACAAAUGGUUGAGAGAGUUUCCCACCGAGACAACUUGAGGAGCUUCGUUCAGAAGUCAGAGGACCUUGAGAAAAAGUGCCUCAUGAAAGCUAUAAAAUCUUACUGUGAACUUCGGGUUUUGCCUUAUGGGACACACAAGACUGUCGUAUUCUAA